AUGGAGGAGAACAACACACGCCGGUGCUGGAGUGAGCGUGAGAGGCGGAAAGGAGCGGACACCCGGCGGCCCCUGCGUGUUCUCCGGUACCGGAUCCGUGUAUCUGUGCGCCCGGCGAACAACAAACGACUGCGCGUGGACCUUCAGAGGACCUACACAUUCCGCAACUCCAAGCAGACGUACACCGGCAUCCCUGUCAUCGCCGCCAACAUGGACACCACAGGGACGUUUGAGAUGGCGCAGGUCCUCAGCCAACACACCCUCUUCACAACCAUUCACAAACACUACUCCGUAGAGGAAUGGAAGAACUUUGCUGCUGCUCAUCCAGAAUGCAUGGAGCAUUUAGCGGCCAGCUCCGGCAGCAGCAACGCAGACCUGGAGAAGCUGUGUGCCAUCGUGGAAGCCGUCCCCACCCUCAAGUACAUCUGUCUGGACGUGGCCAACGGCUACUCCGAGUACUUUGUGGAGUUUGUGAAGACGGUCAGAGGGAAGUUCCCCAAACACACCAUCAUGGCCGGUAACGUGGUAACAGGGGAGAUGGUGGAGGAGCUCAUCCUCUCCGGGGCCGACAUCAUCAAAGUGGGCAUCGGGCCAGGUUCUGUGUGCACGACGAGGAUCAAGACCGGAGUGGGUUACCCACAGUUCAGUGCUGUCAUAGAGUGUGCAGACUCAGCCCAUGGACUGAAAGGACACAUCAUCUCUGAUGGAGGCUGCAGUUGCCCCGGUGACGUCGCCAAGGCCUUUGGGGCCGGGGCCGACUUUGUGAUGAUGGGGGGAAUGCUCGCCGGCCACGACCAGUGCAACGGGGAGGUCAUCGAGAAGAACGGCAAGAAGUACAAACUCUUCUACGGCAUGAGCUCCGACACGGCCAUGAAGAAGUACGUGGGCGGGGUCGCUGAGUACAGGGCAUCUGAGGGGAGGACGGUGGAGGUGCCGUACAGGGGAGACGUGGAGAACACCAUCCGUGAUGUGCUGGGGGGGCUGCGCUCCACCUGCACCUACGUGGGCGCCGCCAAGCUGAAGGAGCUCAGCAGGAGAACCACCUAA